AUGCCCAAGCGACGGAGGAAGGGCGCGGCACGUCUGAGCUGCGCAGAGUGCAGGAGGUUGAAGCUGAGAUGUGACCGAGCUGUCCCCUGUAGUUCAUGCGUCAAGCGAGGGUGCAGUGCUAUUUGCCCAGACGGUUCUCUUACAACUGGCCAAGGGAAUCGGUUCGUCCUCGCAUCGACGCAAGAAUUGCAUGAAAAGAUCUCCGAGCUGGCAAACCGCGUCCGGUCUUUGGAAGAUGCCUUGCGGGCGGACCAUGCACAACUCACUUCGGAGCCGCACCCGUUGCUGAACGACGACUUGCUGAAGAUCAAGGCGCCCUUACAGCGCGAAGUGCCAACCUUUCGAAGUCCACCCUCAAAUCAGACCAAGGACGAAGAGGGCGGCCCCGAAGUCGUGGACGCUUUUGGCUCGCUAUCCAUAAGCUUGUCCGGGCGCACAAAAUAUUUCGGUCACUCGGCAAACUCCUGGUACUUCCUCCAGAACGAGACCUCCGGCGAUUGCGCCGACUCAGAGAACGAUGACCCGUUGACCUUGCUCCAAGAGAUCUUGCCGGCGCAGAUAUUGAAUCGGGCUGCAUCGUUCCCCAUCGCCGAGAUACCUCCUUCGAUCGAGCUCCAGCCGAUACAGCUACGUGAUCUGCUAUGGUACUUGCCAGCUGUAGAGCAAGCGUCACAGCUGCGCGCUAUCUACUACCGACAUGCUGCUUGGAUGUACAACCCAGUGUCCUCAGACGCCAUCGACGAAAUCUUCCGCACGCUAUACGACCCAAGUGUCGCCCAUCUGACGACGCAUGAUCCCGUAGUCUCCCAUGGCCUCUCUAUCCUCUUCAUGAUCCUGGCCAUCGGGUCGCUGAUGGAUACCUCUCACUCGCCAUACAAUCUAGAGGCGGAGAAGUACCAUCAGCUAGCCCGUGCUGCGCUCUUCCAGCAUGCAUUCAUCCGGGAACCGACGGUUAACGCCGUGCAGGCCUUGUUCCUGAUGACCUUCUACCUCUUCCUAUCUGACCGCCAUGGCACAGACGCCGGAGCGCGAUGGGCCAUCAUGGGGAUAGCGACGAAGGUGGCGCAGAGCGUGCACCGGGAUAGCGCGCGGUUGAAAUUGAUAGAUACGGCGGAGGUGCAGAGGCGCCGGGAGCUCUUCUGGGAGCUCUACACGUAUGAUUCGUGGCAGUGCCUAACUUUCGGGCGGCCACCAUCAUUCUCGCUAGCGCAUGUGGACUGCAAGAUGCCCUUCCCGGGUAGCACUGACGAUGAGAAUAGCUAUCAUGCCUGGAAGCAUGCUUUCACCUCCGAGUGCAUGAACCUCCUGCACGACCAGGCCUUCAGCGCGAAGACGCCCAGCUACGCCACCGUCCUGCAGCUCGACCGCAAGAUGCGCGCCUUCCCCGUUCCACCCGUUCUCCAGGUCGCCGGCUUCGGGAGCUCGGACCCGCGCGCAAAUUCCUACCCGGAGACCGUCAUGCUCAUGCUGCAAAGGCACGUCGUGCUGGCGAUUAGGGAAGCUAACCUACUGUACUUGCAUCGCUCGUUCUUCGCGAGGGCUAUAAACGACCAUCCGAAGGACCCGCUUGGCAGCCCGUAUGGGACGUCGGUUAUUGCUGCGUAUAGGAGUGCUGGGUCGCUUGUGGCGUUGAUGCGCAAUCUGCAUACGCAGCUGAAGGACCCGAGUGAGAGGAUCUGGUUCUUGUGGACGCAUAUGUUUUCGUGCUCGAUUGUCCUUGGCUCGAUUGUGACGAGGUGCCCGUCGUUAAGCUUAGCGCCGUCUGCACUCGUUCAGCUGGACUCAGCUUGCGAAUUGUUUGCGAAGGCCGCCCAUGGAUUCCGUGCGGCUAAGGUCCUGGACAUCAUGCUCCGCCUCCAGCAGAAAGCACACACCAGCCUCGAGCAAUGGCGCCGCGGUCUUGCCUUGCAGCGCGAACCUGGCGCUGCAGGAGAGGAAGACGAGCUCACCGUCCUCGGCGGUCAAACCCGCCUGGUCAAGAAGGAACCCAUCUCGCCGACCAUCAUUGACCGCUCACCGCACUCGCACAACCCUGUCGUUCCGCUCCCGCUCUCGCCAGCCGCCGAGGCACGGUUGGGCCCUGGCGUCCUCGACUACCUGACCAGCUUCGGGCAUCAGAAUGGCGGAGGCCAUCCACACGGGCAGCAUCACCAUCAGUCAUUCAGCGAGGCGGUGGACAUGUCACCGUUGUCCGCGCCUGGAUACCCAAGCUUGAUGCCGCCCUCUGCCUACGGAGGCGGCGAGGGCGCGUACGGCUCGAUGCAGGACUCGAACGGCAUGAUGGGCAACGGGCACGGGAUGCAGCACCAGCAGCAGAACGGCACAUUCGGGCCCGGGUUCCCGCAGUACUUCCCAGUGUUCGACUACGGGUCGGGCGAGGCGGGCGGGGCGCAUGGGAUGGCGGGGGUGGAUGGGGGCCUGGGGAUGGAUGAGGGGAUGGGCGUGGACGGCAGGCGGGGCUCGACGGGCUCGCCCGAGGCGAUGACGUGGAACGACUUCGUGAAUGUGGUGGCGAUGAACUGA